CUCUAUAUCCUCUAUCAUAUCUAGUAUCUAAAAGCAAACAAAACAAAUGCGCACAUGCCUUGUCUUACACUAAUAUACGAUACCAAUUCAAUGACGUAUCCAUUCGAUAUAGAAAUGAAUCUUCUUUAUUUUAGGCCUAAAUUAUUCUCUUUCGUAAGUGCAGAAAUGUAUUAUCCUUUUGUAUUCCUAUCCGACUCCAAUUUUAAAUUGAAUUGAUUAUUGAUUCAUUUUACUUGAUAAAAUUGGAGUCCAUAAAGAAAUUUAGAUUAUUGUGUAUAUCAGAUUAAAAUGACUAGCCUUAUUAUUAUUACUGAUCGGUAAAAUUAAUAUAUGUAAAAGGGGGGUUCUUUUAUGGUAAAAAAUCCAUUCAUCUCGGUUAUUUCCCAAGAAAAAGAAGAAAAGAGGGGGUCCGUUGAAUUUCAAGUAUUCGUGUUCACCAAUAAGAUACAGAGACUUACUUCCCAUUUGGAAUUGCACAAAAAAGACUAUUUAUCUCAGAGGGGUCUGCGGAAAAUUCUGGGAAAACGUCAACGGCUAUUGGCUUAUUUGUCAAAAAAAAAUAGAGUACGUUAUAAAGAAUUAAUUAGUCAGUUGGGUAUUCGAGAGACAAAAACUCGUUAAUUUGAUGAGUCAUUUUGAAUUAUUCGCUUAAUUUUUGAUGAACUUCUUUUCGCUUUCAGCAAUUCAUGGAAGAAUGAAUCGGGGAAAAACUUAUGACUGCAACAGCUACAAGAAAAGACCUCAUGAUAGUCAAUAUGGGCCCUCAACACCCAUCAAUGCAUGGUGUUCUUCGACUCAUCGUUACUCUAGAUGGUGAAGAUGUUAUUGACUGUGAACCAAUAUUGGGUUAUUUACACAGAGGGAUGGAAAAGAUUGCGGAAAACCGAACAAUUAUACAAUAUUUGCCUUAUGUAACACGUUGGGAUUAUUUAGCUACUAUGUUCACAGAAGCAAUAACCGUAAAUGCACCAGAGCAGUUAGGAAAUAUUCAAGUACCCAAAAGGGCUAGCUAUAUCAGAGUAAUUAUGUUGGAAUUAAGUCGUAUAGCUUCUCAUUUGUUAUGGCUUGGCCCCUUUAUGGCCGAUAUUGGUGCGCAGACCCCCUUCUUCUAUAUUUUUCGAGAAAGAGAAUUAAUAUAUGACCUAUUCGAAGCUGCUACCGGUAUGCGAAUGAUGCAUAAUUAUUUUCGUAUCGGAGGAGUAGCUGCUGAUCUACCUCAUGGUUGGAUAGAUAAAUGUUUGGAUUUUUGCGAUUAUUUUUUAACAGGGGUUGCUGAAUAUCAAAAGCUUAUUACGCGGAAUCCUAUUUUUUUAGAACGAGUUGAGGGGGUGGGCAUUAUUGGAGGCGAAGAGGCAAUAAAUUGGGGUUUAUCAGGACCAAUGCUGCGAGCUUCUGGAAUACAAUGGGAUCUUCGUAAAGUUGAUCAUUAUGAGUGUUACGAUGAAUUUGACUGGGAAGUCCAAUGGCAAAAAGAGGGGGAUUCAUUAGCUCGUUAUUUAGUACGAAUCGGUGAAAUGAAAGAAUCCAUAAAAAUUAUUCAACAGGCUCUAGAAGGAAUUCCGGGGGGGCCCUAUGAGAAUUUAGAAAUCCGACGCUUUGAUAAAGUAAGGAAUCCCGAAUGGAAUGAUUUUGAAUAUCGAUUUAUUAGUAAAAAACCUUCUCCAACUUUUGAAUUGUCGAACCAAGAACUUUAUGUAAGAGUCGAAGCCCCAAAAGGGGAAUUGGGAAUUUUUCUCAUAGGAGAUCAGAGUGUUUUUCCUUGGAGAUGGAAAAUUCGCCCACCAGGUUUUAUCAAUUUGCAAAUUCUUCCUCAGUUAGUUAAAAAAAUGAAAUUGGCCGAUAUUAUGACGAUCCUAGGUAGCAUAGAUAUCAUUAUGGGAGAAGUUGAUCGUUGA